UGUCAGAAGAUCCUCUCAUGUUCUUCCGUGGGGCAGGUUACAUCGCACAAGGCUUUCCGGCACCGGGGCUUCGUCGCACUGUGCGGCACAUCACGGGCCAUAAUGCCGAGGGAAGGUCCGUAUUUUUGUCAACCGACUGCGGUAGCCACCACCGCAUCAUCGGAGACCAGCAGGCGCUGGCUAAUAUCAUCUAUUCGACCUCCGAGACGCCAGUGGACAUGAAUAAUGACAAAGACUUGCAGCAUGCAAAAGACCACGAACCCCCAAUGCAUUAUCCCCAGGGCACUGUGCUGCGUAUGAUGGAUUUUGCGCCAGGGCUGGUAUCGCCCAUGCACCGAACCGUGUCCCUCGACUUCGGUAUCGUACUCGAGGGCGAGUUUGAGCUAAUCCUCGACUCAGGGGAGACACGGAUUUUGCGUCAAGGUGAUAUCAGUGUCAACCGCGGCGGUGCCCACACGUGGCGCAAUCUCACGGGAAAUGGCACUAUGCCUGGGCGUAUGCUCUACGUACUUGUCGACUCUAAGCCCGUUAUCACGGCCGAAGGCGUAGAGCUCGGCGAAUAUCUGGCUGAGCUAGCGCCCUACUAUGUAAGAGAAUAGCGACAUUGGGGCGAUUAUAUUAUUAUUAGAUGGGAAGUUAGAAUACUGAGCUACCUACCUACCUACCUAUUAUUCGUGUUGGAGUAUAUGUCUUUAGCCUUCAUGAUGUGCUAGAUAGAACCUAUCCGAAUAAAUCGC